AUGAGAAAUGAGUAUAUAUAGCGUAGUUGAAUAGCUCCCAGUAGAUUUCAUUGCACAAACAAUCGGUUCCUUGUGAUCUUCGUUGGUGAUAAAAAUGGCUGAAACCCGUGCUAAGAAAAGAUGGCUUCCCCUUGAAGCUAAUCCCGAUGUCAUGAAUCAGUUUCUUUCGGGUCUGGGUUUGCCUGUAGAAGAAGCUGAGUGCAAUGAUGUUUAUGGUUUGGAUGAAGAAUUGCUCGAAAUGGUUCCAAAGCCGGUUCUUGCCGUACUUUUCCUUUACCCCCUUACUUCUCAGAGUGAAGCGGAGAGAGUGAAGGAGGAUAGUGUUGAAAAGGACUACAACAAAAAUGUUUACUUCAUGAAGCAGACUGUGGGAAAUGCUUGUGGAACUGUCGGGCUUCUACAUGCUCUUGGGAAUGUUACAUCGGAAAUCAAGCUUGAAGAAGAUUCCUUCCUGGAUAGAUUUUACAAAUCCACAGCGAACAUGGAUCCGUCAGAGCGUGCUGUAUUUCUUGAGAAAGAUACAGAAAUGGAAGUUGCUCACUGUGUAGCAGCUAGUGCUGGUGAUACUGAGGCCUCAGAUGAUGUGGACACUCAUUUUAUCUGCUUCUCAUGUGUUGAUGGUGAACUUUAUGAACUUGAUGGGAGAAGGGAAAGACCAGUAUCACAUGGACCAUCCUCACCAAGUACAUUACUUCAGGAUGCAGCAAAGGUCAUAAAGGGAAUGAUUGAGAAAAACCCUAAUUCUAUGAACUUCAAUGUCAUUGCUGUAUCAAAGGCGACUGCUUAAGCACUAGCAAGUUUGUUUAUACAAGUUUCAGUGCUUCCUACAAUGGUGUUUAGUGAUUAAAGCGGUUUUUUUUUUAAUCUUGUUAGAGAAAAUUUUCAUCCAGUGUACUAGAGUUUUGUAUCACACUUCACCUAAAGAAAUGUCGUUCUCACAUGCCAUCAAGUUGCUUGAUUA